AUCUUCAAUUCCUUAUUCCUUCCUUUGUAAGUCUUCACUUUUCAGUUACAUAAUACUACUAUUGUUGGGUUCCUUUUACUAGCGCGCUCCAACAUUUUUCUGAUCACUUCUUUGUCUGCUGAGGUGAUGACAAUUUUGAUGCACUGAAAAUUUGUGACUUCAGAGAGAGAGAGAGGGGGGGAGAAGGAAAGAAGAUAUCAAUAUGGCUAUAGACGAAGGAAACCAGCAGCUUGUGGCAGAUCCUCUCUCCUUCGCCAGGAGUUAUCAGCUAGAAGCACUGGAGAUGGCAUUGAAAGACAACACUAUUGUUUUCUUUGAAACAGGAACUGGAAAGACACUUAUUGCGAUAAUGCUUCUUCGCAGCUAUUCACAUCUCUUGAGAAAGCCGUCGCCUCAUAUUGCUGUGUUUUUGGUCCCCACUGUCGUCCUGGUUACUCAACAAUCUGAAGUUGUGGCUCUGCACACGGACCUUAAAGUGGGAAAGUAUUAUGGUGAGAUGGGUGUUGACUUCUGGGACGAGGCAACAUGGAAGCAGGAGCUAGAUAAAUACGAAGUGCUUGUAAUGACGCCACAAAUCUUACUUGAUGCAUUAAGGCACACAUUUUUGAGGCUGGACCAGAUUAAGGUUCUAAUAUUCGAUGAAUGCCAUAAUGCAAGAGGAAAACAUCAAUAUGCUUGCAUAAUGACGGAGUUUUAUCAUCGCGAAUUAGCAAGGGGUAGGCAGCUUCCCAGAGUAUUUGGUAUGACUGCUUCCCCUAUAAAGGCUAAAGCUUCAUCUUCAGAAGCAGCCUGGAAACAGAUUCAUGACCUUGAAAAUUUGAUGCACUCUAAGGUUUUCACAUGUGAAUCAGAUGCUAUUUUGAAUCGGUACCUUCCCUUUUCAACUCCAAAGUUGAAGUUUUACAAUAAAAAGAAUAACCCUUGCACAAGUUUUGAAACCGUGAAAGAAGAUUUGCAGAAAUUGGCAGAAAAGCAUAUAUCUUCCCUAAGCAAGCUGAACGUUUCACCCUCUGUGGCGAAAUCUGCAACGGACAGAUUAAAGAAGCUUUUGUCUACGCUUAUGUUUUGUUUGACUGAGCUGGGGAUUUGGUUAGCUGUAAAGGCAGCAGAAGUUUAUUCACGUGGAAAUGGGGCCAUCUUCAUGUGGGGUGAGGUGGAUGUUAAUGGCGAGAGGGUUAUAAAGGCUUUCAGCUCUGAUGCAUUAGAAUUGUUGUCUGCACACCUUCCAACUGGUCUACAGUUGAUUCACAAUGAUCUAAGAGCAAGCAUGACCAAUGGGUAUCUUACGUCAAAAAUUAUAUGUCUUGUGGAGACUCUUCUGGAGUACAGAGAACAGAGGGAUCUGAGGUGUAUUGUCUUUGUGGAAAGGAUCGUCACUGCAAUUGUUAUUCGUAUUCUGCUGAAUGAAUUGCUUCCAGAAGUGACUGGGUGGAGGACAGAAUACACGGCAGGGAAUAAUUCAAGGUUUCAGUCUCAAAGUCGGAAAGAGCAAAAUAAAAUUGUAGAUGAAUUGCGCAAGGGAACGGUGAAUAUAAUCAUCGCGACAUCUAUGCUUGAAGAGGGUUUGGACGUUCAGUCGUGCAACCUGGUCAUUAGAUUUGACCUUUCUGCAACCAUAUGCAGCUUCAUUCAAUCGCGUGGCCGUGCUCGUAUGCAGAACUCAGAUUUUGUGUGUAUGGUGAAAAGUGAUGAUCAUUCAGCCAUUGCUCGUGUAAAUAACUAUUUGGCUAGUGGAAGUAUAAUGCGGCAGGAGUGUUUGAGCCAUGCGAAUCUUCCGUGUGAACCACUGGCUAAAGAAAUGCACGGUGAGCCUUGGUAUGAGGUUGAAAAAACGGGAGCGCUUGUGACUUUGAGUUCUAGCACUGCAUUGCUUCACUACUAUUGUUCACGGCUGCCCUCAGACAGGUACUUUAAACCGUAUCCUCUCUGUACUGUCGAUAAAAUACUGGGAACUUGUACAAUUCGACUCCCUCAUGGCUGCCCAAUUCGAACAAUAACAGUUUCUGGGACCAAAUCACCGAAGCAACAUGCAUGCCUCGAAGCUUGCAAAGAGCUUCAUAAAGUCGGUGCCCUGACCGACAACCUUGUCCCAGAUAUUGUGGAGGAAGAGGCGGAACCUCAAGAAUUUGGCUAUGAACCAUAUUUGGACGAGCAGGAUAGAUAUUUUCCAGAAGAGUUGAUUGGGUAUCACAAUGAUGAGUCCAAGAUGCCUUAUUACUGCUAUCUGCUCGAGUUAGAGCCGAAUUUUCAGUAUGAUGUAAAGCCUCAGAACAUUGUCCUGGCUGUUCAUAAGAUGUUAAAUCGAGAUCUUGGAGAAUUUGGCUUCGAUUUAAACGCUGAUAGGGGAAAGAUGAUUGUGAAUGUGAACCUAGUUGGAAAGCUUACACUAACUCCCAGUGAGGUUGCACUCUGUCAGCAAUUUCAAGUCAAACUGUUUAAUCUUCUUCUCAAACGUAACUUAGACAAGCUUCAUGAAGAGGAUGAACAUUCUAGAGGAGAUGGUUCAGUAGCGUUUAAUUAUCUACUUAUCCCUGCUCUGGGCUCACGUCACGACCUAUCUAUUGAUUGGAGAUGCAUUAGUUCAGUUCUAUACCAAAAGAAUGCUGCUUUCGCUGAUCAUUCCAAAUGCUCAAGUGCAGUCCACACGAAGAACGGCUUGGUGUGUCAUUGCAUGAUAGAGAAUUCAUUAGUUUGUACUCCACAUAAUGGCUUCCUGUAUUGCGUAAACGGCACACUGGACGGUGUUCGUGGAGAUACAUAUUUUAGUCUGAAAGACAAGGAAUCUAUUACUUAUAAAGCGUAUUAUAUGGAGAAGCAUAACGUAAGUCUGGAAUAUGAACAGGAGAAUCUUCUCCGUGGGAAGCACAUAUUCACUGUGCAUAAUAACCUCCAGCGAUGCCGGACUCAAAAUAAGAAAGAACCAAGUUAUAGCUCGUGUGAAUUACCGCCCGAGAUUUGCUUAAUCCUGAUGUCACCUAUAUCAAUUUCUACGGUUUAUUCUUUCUCAUUUCUUCCGUCUCUUAUGCAUCGCAUCGAGUCACUUGCUAUAGCUUCCAACUUGAAAAGUAUACCUGUCGGUGGGACAACAAAUGUUGAAAUUCCAGCAAUCAAGGUGUUGGAAGCGCUCACAACAAAGAAAUGCCAAGAGGAGCUUCAUUUGGAAUCUUUGGAGACUCUCGGAGAUUCGUUCCUAAAAUAUGCUGCUACUCAGCAGCUAUUCAAAACACAUCAAAGUCGACACGAGGGGCUUCUUAGCCUUAAAAGGCAGCGCGUCAUUUGCAAUGCUUCAUUGUGCAAACUUGGAUGUGACCGCAAGAUUCCGGGCUUCGUCCGGACUGAGCCAUUUGAUCUCAAGACAUGGACGAUACCUGGAGUCCCAUGUGAUUUCAGUGUAUUGAAAGGAGAACAGAUAUCUACAUCUGGAAAAGUCUACACUGGAAGAAGUAGACAGAUCAAAAGCAAAACCGUAGCAGAUGUUGUUGAAGCCCUAAUCGGUGCAUUUCUAAGCGCCGCAGGUGAAGUAGCAGCCCUAUCCUUGAUGGUGUGGCUCGGUAUCGAAGUUAACUUUGAGGUCGUGCCUUACACGAAGACGUUUGUAAUGAACCCCGACAUGCACGUAAAUAUUGGAUAUAUAGAGUCCCUUCUGAGAUACAAGUUUCAGGACGCGUCCCUCUUGGUCGAAGCGUUGACUCACGGGUCAUAUAUGCGGCCUGAGAUCCCCACCUGCUACCAGCGGCUGGAGUUUCUCGGGGACGCUGUGCUAGAUUAUCUUAUCACGGUACAUCUAUAUCACAAUUAUCCCGGCCUCUCACCCGGGCUGCUUACUGAUCUAAGGUCGGCGUCUGUGAAUAAUGAUUGUUAUGCUCUAUCGGCCAUCAAGGCCGGAUUGCAUAAGCAAGUCCUUCAUCUCUCGCCCGAUCUUCACCGGCAUGUAGCUGAGACUGUUGACAAGGCCGAGGAUUUACGGUUGGUUGAGACUUUCGGAUGGGAAUCCGAGGCAAAUCUCCCGAAGGUUCUUGGAGAUAUCAUCGAAUCUUUAGCGGGUGCCAUCUAUGUCGACUCGGGGCAUGACAAGGAAACCGUUUUCCGGUGUAUGAAGCCCCUGCUCGAUCCCUUGGUCACACCGGAGACGCUUAGGAUCCACCCAAAAAGGGAACUGAUCCAACUGUGCCAGCAGGAAAAUUAUACAAUGCGGAAGACUCAAAUUUCCAGGAACGCGAACGACGGGUUGGCACAUGCUUUGGUGGCAGUCAAAGCUCGUGGUGUCGUGCAUGAGGAAACACGAUCUGCUAAAGACCGCAAGCUGGCUGAAAGACUGGCCUGCAAAGCUGUUCUCAAAACUCUCAAGGAAAUCUUGGCUGCAGAUUCUUGAUCCAACCCCAACUCCACUCAGAUUUUUUUACCUUCAACAAGAUUUUCAAUCAUCAUGGUGAUCAUGACUAUGAUGAUCGCUAUAAAAUCUUUGAAGUUGUAUGUAUAUAUAUAUAUAUAUAUAUAUAUCUUGAGCUUGUGUUAGUUGGUUGAUGAUUGUAAAGAUCAGGAGUAUAACAUAAUGUAUAAUGAUGACAAACAAAGGAGAGAGGAAACAAAUUGUUAUGCAUUUAUUAGUUCUAUUAGUUUACAUA